AGUAGGUUAGGUACGCGGCUACUUUGAAAAAUUCGGAAACGUUGAACCAAAAUCGAAAAUUUUUUAUGCUAUGCUCGUUAAGUAUUAAUAACUCGUGUAGAAAAUGACGUCCUCCGAAACGUUGGAGGUUGCGUUUGUGACUGAUGGUACAUCUGGCGCCACAGUAUGGGAUACAGCCAACGGAACAAUGUUGAAAACGUAUCGCCACACGACGUCUGUGAGCCAGAACUGCGUCAGUCUGUUAGGUAACGAUUAUCUCAUUGCUGCGGACAAGGGUCCGCUCAUACACACUUGGCCAAUCAAUAGCCAAGAGAAAACACAUCAAGUACGCAUGUUGUGUGGAGGAAAAAUCAAUUCUCUGGCCGCUAGUCCUGACGGUUUGUACAUCGCGGUGGCGAUCGGUGAAAAACUUCAAGUUUGGUUGGCUUGUUCUGGAAGGUUAUUGAAAACUGUCAUUACUAUUACUAUUAUUAAGUGGUCUCCAGAUGGAUCUUAUUUGAUCACCGGUGGUGAAGAUGGUCUUGUUUGUGUGUGGUCAUUGGCAAAAUUAAUCAACAAUUCUCAUUCUACCUUACAACAAACAUUUUUUACUGGCAGCCAAACAAAUCAGUCAGCGCCUAAUUAUACAUUUUCGGAUCAUUCUGUAAGAAUUACUGGAAUACAUAUAGGAAAUUGUACAAGAUGUAUACGUAUUUUUACUACUUCAGUUGACAAAACUUGCAAGAUUUAUGAUUUAUCAACUGGUAUCAUGUUAUUAUCAAUUGCAUUUGAUGCAAUCCCAUCUAGUCUUGCUGUUGAUUCGGUAGAAACUGCUGUUUAUAUUGGUACUACUAUUGGCCCUAUACGAUCAUUUGAUCUUGUAUCUCCUCCACGCACCCGUGAAUGUUAUAUAUCAGACAAAGAAAGUGGUGUCAAAUUCAUUGGUCACACCAAAGCUGUUAUUGCUUUAAAUGUAUCAAUAUUUGGUGAUGUAUUAGUAUCAGGAUCGACUGAUUGUACACUAAGAACUUGGCAUAUUGCGAGUCGUCAAUGUUUACGUACAAUUCAACUAAAAGAACCUGUUAUUAAUAUGUUUUUAACAAUGAUACCCCAUCAAUUAACUUCAAAUGAAUUGGAGCCUAAUAUAAUACUUAAAAGUUUUAAAAAAACGGAAGAAAUAGAUGAUAAUUUAAUUGAAGUAUAUAGUCAUAAUGAUCUUUUUGAAGAGGAAAAUUAUAUUAUUGAACAUAAAGAUAAUACUUCUAUUUACGAAGAAUUAGAAAAAACAAAAGCUAUCAAUGCAAGAAUCUAUGAAUUUGCACUCAACUCUAUAUUAAAAGACAGUGAAACAAAUCCUAAAGAGGAUAUAGAUUUUAAUGAUUUUUCAAUAGUUGAUUUUGAAUCAAAUGGAUUUGAUGUUAAUGUUAAUGAUGAAAACUCAUCGAAUGUAGAAACAAAUAAAUAUUCCACCACUCCAAAAAAAACAAAAAAAAGAAGAAGAAGUAAAAAACGUUAAUUAGUCAUGCUAAAAAUCUUAGCAUGCAAUUUAAACAACUAGAUUUUUGAGUUAUUCUUAAAUAAAGUUAAAUUUAAAAAUUAUCAA